AUGAGCAACGACGAACCUCCAUUAUGCGACACAUGCAGAGUCCCCCUAACGGUAAAACAUAUCAUCACCGAAUGCCAUAAAUACAACCAGUACCGCGAUCAAUUCCACAUCUCCGAACAAAUCUGUCAAGCACUUGGACCAAACCCACAGGACACUAACAACUUAAUUUUAUUCCUUAAAAAAUCAGAAUUGUAUAACUUAAUUUAA